GUUUGCUACCUGUGUGAAUGAACCGAAUCGACACUGGAACUUAGCGAGCUAAUAUUCUGGGCUUUCCUUGCUGGAGUUAUCACACAGCGGCCCCGGACUGUUCGGUGAAAUUGUCGAUGCGGUGACCACGUAGAUAUAUUUUCCGAUGCGUGUGUGCUGAUGUAUUUUUAUUUUCGUCAUAAGCAGGAAACACUCAGUGCUAUAGUUAGCCUGUGCUAACUCGCGUUCAGUGUCCCUCUCAUUUCUAAACAGGAAUUAACGCAGAGCCCGACGAUAUCAGAUGUUAACUGUUAAGAGUUAAAGGGUACACUAUAAUUGGACAUUUUGUUAUAAAACACUCAUGCCAAAGUCUGAGAGGAGAGGUUUCACUGCUGUUUGUAGCAUGUUAGCCGUGUGGCUAGUGAGUGGCAGGUGAUAUUAAGCUCGAGAGCAAAUAUAUUCGGAAAAAUGAUCUAUAGAAACUGUUCAAAAGGAUUGCAUUUAACAUAACCUAAUUUCUGAUUGGUUUGGUGCUUGUCAAGUUGAUACAGGCUGAUGUUUAUUAGUUCAGCGUCGUUUUUGUCAUGCUAGCGAGGUGGCUGUGUAACCACACUGUAUGUUCAGCUCUUAGAAUAUUGGCAGGCACCUCAGUAAUAUUUUCAGUGAAGUGUUAUUGUGUGGUUUGCUGUACAUGUGGUUUGUUUCUCGUUAUUUGGGCAGAAUUUAAUGUCACAGCCGCAUUAGUUAAGCUAACACACCAAUGCUAACAUUGACUGAAGUUACUGAGAAGACUGGGCUUAAAGCCAAAUCCACAACAUGACAAUUGCUUACUGAGGAGGAUGAUCAAUGCCUUUUCUUCUUCAGCUGUAGAAAUAUGCUACUGCCAUUCAGAAUGAGCUGAGAUGAUAUUGUUGAGAUUGCUAUGGUCCUAGUGUAUAGGGAAAGAAAUUAGUCUUCAGUUCAGAUCAAUCUCUAAUGAUCUGGUUAAAAAUCAAGUAGGUUCAUAUUUACAUAUCUCUUGUAGAUGAAUGGGAAAGGUUUACAGAUUUGUUUUGAAAAACUAGUGAUGGAUGAAAUUACUCUCUCAGGAAUCUGAAGCUGCAUACCAUAUUUUUAUUAAGAAUAACAGAAGCAUAUUAAUCCAGCGGUGACUGCCUGUAUUUUCUCUGCAUUGCCUAUAAUUGCUUAAAGAUCCUCUGCAGUUGUUCAAUGAUAGUAUGCAUAUCUGUUGACACCUUCAAAAUUAGUUCACAUUAGUUCCUUAAGUAAAACAAGUUUGCUACAGUGUUACUUAUAUUUUCUAAACAAACAAAAAAAUUAGUUAGGCUACUUGUUCCGAAUCUGGAUCAGUUCAUUUGAACAGAAAUGUCUCAUGCCCCAGAAUCAUUGGCACACCACAGAUUGAUAGUGCUGGAAAGUUGUAAAGAAACCAAACCGAGCAGUUUUGAUGAUCCCUCAGGAUGAAUGUUUUCACGUAGCCCCUGGGUCGCAAUUUUGCCAAAAACUCUUGAUGAACUGCACUACAAACAAGGGUCUGCUCGAGGAACAUGUGAAUGAUCAGUUGAUGCUGAAAGAACACAGAUCUGAGUAUUUUCUAGAUUGUCCGACUCUCUGCUAGUUUUUAGGGAGCCUUUUAUUUACAAGUCAAACAAAGUCCAGCCUGGGGUCCAAUGGAGGUACCAAUCCAGUGACUUUGGUAAGGGAACUUAAAGAACUCGAAGCACCACACGCCUGGGUUGUCUCAUCGAGAAACGAUAAGAUGGGUUCUCAAGCUCUUCAGAUAUUGCGGCAGGGAGUGUGGGCCUCUCUGACUGGAGGAUGGUACGUGGACCCUCAUCAGAGUACCUUCUCCAAUUGCUUUCACCUCUACCUCUGGAUAUUCCUCUUGGCCUUCCCCUUUCUUCUGUACAUGGCCCUUCCUCCCAGUUUAGUGGUUGCUGGCGUGUACUGCGCGGUGAUAGCAGCCUUCUUCACUGCCAUAAAAGCAGUGAACUUUCGGCUACAUGCCAUGUUUGACCUGGGCGAGAUUGUGGAGAAGAGGCAGGCCUCAUUCACCACAGACCCCCAGGGAGUGGAAGAAGGGGAGGAAGGCUCUGGAGCUCACGACGGAAGCCAACACAGGGACAGUGGUGUUGGUGUGGAAAUGACUGUGUUCCGAAAGGUGAACUCCACCCCUCCUGUACGCUGCAGUUCCCAGCAUUCUCUGUUUGGAUUGAACCAGGUGUCGGAAUUUUUACCACAGCUAGAAGACCAUGGAGGCUCAAAGGAUAUUAAAGACCUCAUGCAAGAGCAGGGUAGUAAUAAUGUGAUAGUGACCUCUGCACAUAGAGAUGUCCUUCGACACAACUCUCAGGACAACACUAGUGUGGCACCAUCCUGCUUGUCUGGGGAUUACAGAGGGCUAAUUGGAUUGGUUGACGUUAUGUCAGCAGGUUUUGGUGGCCUGCACCCAACAAACUGUCCCUCUAUCCCCCCGUCCCCCUCCAGCCAAGAAGAUGGAGAUGAGAGAGAGCAGGUGAAGAAUGGACAUAUGCAGCAGCAGAGCCCUGAGGGAGUGGGGCUCCAGGGCUACUCCCCUCUCGGACCCUCAGCUGAGUCGGAGAGCCUUGGAGAUCCAUUAAGCCCUCUCAUCAAGAGUAGUUUGAGCGAAGAGCUGAGCGAGAACCUGCUGGGUUUGGGUCUGGACCCUGUCACUUUUGCCCCCAGUGCUGAGCACCCAAGCAACCGCACCGGGGUGGCCCUGGCUGCAGGCUCCACCGACAGCUGCUUUAGUGGAGGUGGAGCUGCCACAGACAGAGAGACUCUCAGUACAGUCAGUAGCUACCGUAGCGAGAAGACAGACUCGACCCAGCUUGAGAGCCCCUCACUGGGUAAGACACAUCAGCCUCUGUCUAAUACUCCCUCCACAGUUUUGCCUCAGGGUAAAGGCCCCUUUCAGCAGCCAGGAGAUGUACUGCAGGGGGGCAGCGACACAGAUGACCUGUCGGACAGCGUGCUGCUGCGCUCACCCUCCAAAGAGCUUUCCUCUGGGCAGGGCCUUGACAGAACUCUGGUGGAGGGAGAGGACCUCCCCCUUUUGCUUACAGACAUUGCACAGCCUUCCUUGCAGGACUCGUCACCACCUAGCAGUGGGCCUUCUGAUCCCUGUAAUCUGGACGGUGGCAUCCCCAUACCCCCUCUCCCUCCACCACGCCAGGCCAGCUCUGUACCCUCGGGCUUGGCACUUGGCUUGGUCUGCUCGGAGCCUGCCCUGCCUGUUUCCACCCCAUCCUACCUCCUAGCAGAACCACCAUCUCUCCAAGCCCAGCAGCAGGUGGUGCGGCCUAAAGAUCUUAAGCUUUUACGUUCUGGAGGCAGUGUGGGUCAUCGUCCUGGCCGCAGGAAAGCGCCGCGUAAACGAGGCACUGCUGGCAGUAGCAGUUUUGACUGUGGCUCCUACCGCCGGCAUGCCAACCGUGGCCAACACAGAGACUACAUCCCCAUACGCAAUCGGCUGGGUGCCAAAGCCUACAGUGAGAGCUUGUUCGAGGACUCUAGUGAUGAAGACGAUGGCAGCGACUUGAGUGCCGGCUCCAGUCUCGGCUCCCAACGUCGCUUCAGCUCGGAUGAUGAAGACAACGAUGAAGAUGAUGAUUCAAGCUCCUCUACCUCCUGUUACUCCCCUGAUCUGGCUAAUGCCUCCCACACUGGGCCAGUCCCUCAGCUACCUAGACCUGGAGAGGGGGAGGAACCUGAUACUGUAGGCCCCGCCCAUUCUCAUGGUGCUCAGCGCUCUGCCAGCACAGCCAGUGCCAAGACUCAUGCCAGAGUGCUCAGCAUGGAUGGAGCUGGAGGGGGUUCCAACACAGGGACCCUUGCCUCUACUCUUAUACCUUUACCCCCUUCCUCCACUCCUGCUCCACGUCCUCUCACCAUCUCUAAAUCAGACCUGGAGGCUCGGACAGUGCACUCAGAGGGCUUCUCCAGGGCCCACCACAGACUAGACUCCCUUGGGGGUUCCUGGGCUGGGAACCAGACAGGCUGGAGAGCAGGAGAGCUGCUUGAAGAGGGGGCAGUUGGAGGAGCUCUGGCUCCAGAGGAGGGCAGUAAACGUGAUUCUGUGAGCAGUGUAAAGAGGACACAGGCCAUUCGCAGGCGACACAAUGCAGGCAGUAACCCCACCCCACCCCCUUCUGCCAUGGGCUCUCCCCCUAGUCUUCAGGACCUCCAGAGAGUCCGUACUUCCUCUCACUCUCGUACAAGAACACUGCCCUCCGCUUUGCACUUUGCCGCCUCCUCCCUGCUGCUGCUACCACCCCGCAGCGGCGUUCAUGAAGCAUCCACCUUUGAUGAUACUUCAGAGGGAGCUGUACACUACUUCUAUGACGAGAGCGGAGUAAAGAGGUCUUACACAUUUGGGCCUGCUGGAGGAGGAUAUGAGGACCCAAUGCAGGAGCGUGAGCGGCAGUCACAAUCCUCCAGCUUUACCUCCACUGAUGUCCAGGAGGCGGCACCAGUGCGGUCCAUGUUGCAGCCCAGACCGGUGGUCCUCCAGGGCAUGCAGGUCCGCAGGGUGCCGUUAGAUAUGCCAGAGUUUGACCUUGAUCAUGAGUCCCCUCACGAAUCCCAGGAGAACACACUGAUGAUUGUCGAGAAGGCCAAGCCUAAACAGUAUUACAGAUUCUGGGUGCUACCGGGGAAAUGGCUACGAGUUCGUUACGACAGACUGGCAUUGUUGGCCUUACUGGACAGGAACCGACGUGUGGGAGAAAAUGUGUUUGCAGUUGUGUUGGCCAGCUUAGUGGCCUUUCUCGGCUUCCUGCUACUUCUCCAGGGCUUCUUUAGAGACAUCUGGGUCUUCCAGUUCUGCCUGGUCAUUGCCAGCUGUCAGUACUCUUUGCUGAAGAGUGUCCAACCCGAUGCAGCAUCUCCGAUGCAUGGCCAUAACUGGAUCAUUGUGUACAGUCGACCAGUGUAUUUCUGCCUGUGUUGUGUGCUGAUCUGGGUGUUUGACCUGGUCGGCCACUCAGACCAUCUGCCACCUUUCACCCUCUAUGGGGUCACCUUCUUCACUGCCCACUUCCUUCUCUGCGCUAGAGACAUGCUCAUAGUGUUCAGCCUCUGUUUUCCAAUCAUCUUCCUGUUCGGGCUUCUACCUCAGGUCAACACCUUCUUCAUGUGUUUACUGGAACAGGUUGACAUGCACAUUUUUGGUGGAACUGCCACCACAAGCCCACUUUCAUCAGUCUACAGCUUGUUGCGAAGUGUUUUGGUGGCAGCUCUGGUUUAUGGAUUUUGUCUUGGUGCCAUCAAUGCUCCAUGGGGAGAGGCACAUGUUCCAGUGCUCUUCUCUGUGUUCUGUGGCCUCCUCCUCGCCUUGUCCUAUCACCUGAGCAGGCAAAGCAGUGACCCUACCGUUCUCUGGUCUUUGGCCCGCUCCAAGUUCUUUCCAGAUCUGGAGAGCCGAUCACCAGAAGAGCCCCCGUUAGAGAUUAAAGACCCUCUCCCAGAGAAACUGCGCAACUCAGUGAAAGAGACGCUUCACUCAGACCUGGUCAUGUGCCCACUCAUGGCCAUUAUCACUUUUGCCAUCAGUGCCAGCACUGUCUUCAUUGCUCUGCAGCCUGCUCUCAGUUUUGUCCUGUACAUCUUGGCUGGUGUGGUAGGGUUCUUCACACACUACCUCCUGCCUCAACUCCGCAAACAGCUUCCCUGGUUUUGCUUGGCCCACCCUGUGCUACGCUCCAGAGAGUACAGCCAGUUUGAGGUCCGGGAUGCUGCCCAACUGAUGUGGUUUGAGAAGUUGUACGCUUGGCUGCAGUGCGUGGAGAAGUAUUUCAUCUACCCAGCUGUAGUGCUCAACUCCUUAACCACUGAAGCUCAUACUGUCAGCCAAAGCCCUGAUAAACCUGGCGCCUAUGGCCGUGCUCUGUUCAUCUCAGUGGCUGGAAUGAAGCUACUCCGUUCAUCCUUCUGUGUCCCGUCUCAGCAGUACGUCACUCUGUGCUUCACUGCCCUCUUCUUUCAGUUUGACUACCCACGCUUUUCUCAGACCUUCCUCCUCGACUACUACUGCAUGUCCAUCCUCUUCAGCAAGCUGUGGGAUCUCCUCUAUAAGCUGCGUUUUGUGCUGACCUACAUUGCACCUUGGCAGAUCACAUGGGGUUCUGCUUUUCAUGCCUUCGCUCAGCCAUUCGCCGUGCCCCACUCAGCCAUGCUGUUUGUGCAAGCUGUGUUUUCAGCUCUCUUUUCCACUCCUCUCAACCCUGUGUUGGGCAGUGCAGUCUUUGUCACCUCAUACACCCGGCCUGUGAAAUUCUGGGAGCGAGACUACAAUACCAAACGAGUGGAUCACUCUAACACACGUCUGGCCACACAGCUUGACCGCAACCCUGGUGCCGAUGACAACAACUUGAACUCUAUUUUCUAUGAGCAUCUGACACGCUCUCUGCAGCACUCACUUUGUGGGGACCUGCUACUGGGCCGCUGGGGAAACUACAGCACAGGAGAUUGCUUCAUCCUGGCCUCAGACUACCUCAAUGCUCUUGUACACAUCAUUGAGAUCGGCAAUGGACUUGUCACUUUCCAGCUCAGAGGCCUUGAGUUUAGGGGUACAUAUUGUCAGCAGAGGGAGGUGGAGGCGAUCACCGAAGGGGUGGAGGAAGAUGAAGGCUGCUGCUGCUGUGAGCCGGGGCAUCUCCCCCACAUGCUCUCCUUCAACGCAGCGUUUGGCCAGCGCUGGCUGGCUUGGGAGGUGGCUGCCACUAAAUAUGUGCUGGAGGGCUACAGUAUCAGUGACAACAAUGCAGCCUCCAUGCUUCAAGUGUUCGACCUUCGCAAGAUUCUCAUCACAUAUUACGUCAAGAGCAUCAUCUACUAUGUAAGCCAAUCGCCCAAAUUGGAGGAGUGGCUGGCCAAUGAGUCGGUGCAGGAAGCGUUGAGGCCCUGCCUUACCCCUUCCUAUGUGGACAGCGACCCCACCUUCAACCUAAACAUAGAUGAAGACUAUGACCACUGCGCUUCAGGCAUCACUCCCUCCUCCUUUUGCUUGGUGUACCUGGAAUGGAUUAAAUACUGCAACAGCCGCAGACAAACGCCAGUGGAGAGUGAAAAAGACUCCCCUCUGGUCACUCUUUGUUUUGGGUUAUGUAUUCUGGGCCGUCGAGCUCUGGGUACUGCCUCCCACAGCAUGUCAGCCAGCUUGGAACCGUUUCUCUAUGGCCUUCACGCUCUGUUCAAGGGCGAUUUUCGCAUCACCUCUCCCAGAGACGAGUGGGUUUUUGCAGACAUGGACCUGCUGAACAGGGUGGUAGCUCCAGGCAUUCGGAUGUCCCUCAAACUACACCAGGAUCACUUCACCUCUCCUGAUGAGUAUGAGGAUCCAGUGGUGCUGUAUGAUGCCAUAACAGCUAAUGAGGAGAAGAUGCUGAUCUCUCAUGAGGGUGACCCUGUGUGGCGCAGUGCCAUCUUGGCCAACAUGCCUUCUCUGCUGGCUCUCCGACACGUCAUGGACGAUGGCAGUGACGAGUAUAAGAUCAUCAUGCUGAACAAACGCUUCCUCAGCUUCAGAGUCAUCAAGGUGAACCGAGAGUGUGUGCGUGGGCUGUGGGCCGGGCAGCAGCAGGAGCUGGUCUUCCUGCGGAACCGGAACCCUGAGCGUGGCAGCAUCCAGAAUGCCAAGCAAGCCUUGAGAAAUAUGAUUAACUCCUCUUGUGACCAGCCCAUAGGAUACCCCAUCUACGUAUCUCCCCUCACCACUUCCUACGCCGGGGCUAAUGCUCAGCUGCGCUCAGUUUGGGGAGGACCCAUCAGCCCCCGCAACAUUUACACCUGGUUCAUCAGCAGCUGGGACAGGCUUCAGAAGGGUUGUGGUGCCGGCUGUAACAGUGGCGGUAAUAUUGAGGAUUCAGAUUGUGGGGGUGGCUCUACCUCAAUCACUAACAACCCUGCAGUUCAUCCUCCCCAGAGCACAGUGCCCAGCAUCCCUCUGCCUCAUCCCACCACUGUACUGCCUUCAAUGGGGACUGACAACCCCGUUGGACCUUCUUGGCCUUUGCAUCCCCAGCCCCUCCCACUUGCCCUGCUUAGCCAAUCAGAGGGCAGGAUGGAUGCAGGGCUGGUUAGCUCCUUGCAACGCACCACUUCCAUCCAUGGGCUUUUAGGAGGGCCGCUGUCUAGCUCCCAGCUGUCUUUUAGUGGCUCAGUGGCCCUACCACCUGCAGACCGCUUUUGCACCAGUAGCCUGCAGGACAGCUGUUGCCACAGGGUGUCUCAGAGGGGCCUGAGCCUAGGUCAUGGCAGCGGGCUGCCCUAUGAAGCCCUAUACAGUAAAUGGAGUCUGUCUGGGAGGAAGGGAUUCAACGGACUUGCUGCAAUGGAGGGGGAUGGUUCAGCAACACAGAGCAUACGCACACAGCCUACACAGCCUCCCCAACCUGUCCUCCCCUCUGAUGUCAGCCCAACACUGGAUCCGAUAGGAGCUGGCUUACCCUCAGAGACUACACCCCUUACAUCAGACUCGCUCAGUGCACGGGAGGAAUCUACAGAACUCCCUUUACUUGAGCACCUCCGCUGAGCCUGCACAGAGACUAACCUGCAUAGCAAGACCAGUACAGUUGGGAUCAGCCUAUGGCCAUUCUAGCCAACUUCUCUUUAAUCAGAUGUUGAGAGCUGGAAGGAAUUCCCCAGUACAGAGUCUAGAUGACCUUCUCAAUGUCUUUUAUGAUUAAAGCAUCUUCAGUUCUGGUCUCACAAAUAUUCUGAUAUGGAAGCAUAUCAGAAAAGAGUGCUGCCUAAGUUCCAUUUGCAUUUGAGCCCUGGUAAGGUCUCUUUGGGCCAAGCUUUUCUGGCCACUGUUUUGGCCUCAAGGCUUCGAAGCCAAAAAAAGUGGCCAGUCAGUGCAAUCUGAAGGGAUUUUUCUUCUUGAAAUGGAGGGUCAGGUCAUUCAAAUCAGUGCAAAUCCGUGACCUGUGCACCCACCAGCAGUAACAGAAAGGGAACUCUCCUCUGUAGCAGCCUUAAAUUUACUUAAGCUUUUGUCUUUCCCUUCAUGCAUUCAGUCCAUAUAUGUUGCUAAAGCCUUCAGCUUACCAAAAGCUGAGCAUCAGCUUUCUUGUGCAGAGGAUUUCUCUUCAUUUAAGUCCAGUGUUGAGGCUUCUCACAUCAGCCACUGUCCUUUCAAGACCAAAGGACUUGAUUCGCCCUCACUGUGCCUGCAGUGCAUAGCUCACACAUUCCAAAAGACAUUCGAUUAGCGAGUUCAGCAUCAAUGGCCCUUCAAAUAGCUCAUCAUGCGCUCUCAUUCGUAAACAACAAACCAAGACCAUUCUUCAGCGAGCAUCAGGGAUAAUACUUGUAUUAAGAAACAACUGUUUUUCACUCUCACACACAUGCAUACACUUCUCCCAGCAUGUGGUGCUCGUCCUUACAUAGUUUACAGCCAGCUCAGGUGAGGAAUAAAGGAAUGUAGAAGAAUCGAACAGCGCAGAAGUGGUCAUCUAAUGCUGGUGGGCCACCAGAUUCUUUUUUGGUUGGCCUAAAUGAGGGUGUUUCAUUUCUUUCUUCCAUUAUACAUCACCCAGAAUGACAACUCUCUCUUCUGCCCCCAACUACUUCUAAGAAAAUGGGCUCUGAACAUGGUAUAGUGUGGCAGUGCAUGCGAGGUCUUCCAGGACUCCUGCUUUGCUGCUGCUGUGAGCGCCUGCAUUACUACUGCUACUGCACCACCCCUUCUACUACUAAUAGAACUAACCAAACUAUUGCUCCCUUUUACUUCUAAACUCCAGCGUUUUAGUUGGAAGAACUUGAGGGAGAAGAACAACAACAAUAAUAUACCGAUUGUAAAGACAGAAAUAGCAUAUUUAUUUGAUUGCUGAUUUCAAAUGGAGAUAGAGUGGCUGGGUUUGUUGAUUGACGUGCCGAUACUAGUUGGACGAGUACUGAGAUGAUGCUCUGAUUUCAACUGUACCCUCUGCCCUACCCCCGUUUUCUUGAAUCCAACCGAUUUCAUUGUGAUCUUUUUGUGUGUAUAAUACAACUGGAAAGUUAGACUUCAUUCUUUUGUCACAUAUCUGCUGUUCCAGCAUGGGGGAAUUAAGCUCAGACUGCCUGCUGUGGAAAGCAUGGCACUUACUGCCUCCUAUUACAACAAACAUAUCAAAUCUUUGCGGUCAAACAAUAUACGACUGACAUCAUGCCUGGAAUAGCUACUUUGUAUCUAUGUAAAAGAGCUAUAAAUAUCCCACGGGUUGUUUAAAGUCUGCAUAAUCAGGGAUAGUUUGCCAAAAAUAACAAUUCUGUCAUUUAUUUACUCAACCUUAUGUCGCUCCAAACCUUUAUGACUUUAUGGAACACAAAAGGAGACGAGUGAAUGUUGACUGAGGCUGGCAUUAUGUCCUUUGUUGUUCCACAGAGGAAAGAAAGUCAUACAGGUUUGGAACAAUACGAGGGUUCGCAAAUUAAGACUAUUUUUAUGUUUGGCAAAACUGACCCUUUAGUAUUCUUUCUUCUCUAAGAUGAUUGACAUGACCAAGCUGUGCUCUCCACUGGCUUCUGGCUUGUACGUUGGUAUGGUUUGAGAGUCAGUAUGUGGGGGGCCGCCAUGGGAAAAUGGUGCCUUAGAAUUUGUCACAGUAUUCAGAUAGAAAAGAAUAAUUUAAGAACUUAAUCAUGAGCUGUUUUUGCUGUAGAUCUAACGAAUUUAGCUCACACUAAAUUAAUCGUGUUCAUUAAUUCAUGCUCUCAUGUAAACCACUGAUUAAUACAUUUAUAACACUGCAAAUAUAGAGUUGGCUCUCCAGCCAUCACACACAGACUGGUAUCACAAGUGGUUUGAACACUAGACAAGAAGUCUUUUGAAGUUAAGCCUAGUCUAUUCCCCAAUCUGCACUCUCUCUAGGCCAUCUCGGGUUUCUGAACUGUCCACUUCUUUCCAGCCACACACAUGGGUCAGUCUAUGGCCUUUUCCAAUGGACUUGUAACAGCUAUUGAGCGCUUGGCUUGAGUCAGGGCUGGGCUGAGUCUGACUGACCAUCUGUUUUUUCAUCAGGACAAUUUCUCUGGGUUUCUCUUCUCAUCUUUAGGGUGAUUUGUUUUUUUUUUCAAAGCUACAGGGAGUACUUCUCUUACUGGGAGAAAGCACAAGUUACUGGAUCGUCCUUGGUGUCGGUGAUUAAAAGGGAUCUAACCAAUCUCUGCCAUAUAUGUACAGCAUGUUUUGUAUAUAAAUAUAUUUAAAAUAUAUAUAUAUAUAUAUAUAUAUAUAUAUAUAUAUAUAUAUAUAUAUAUAUAUAAAUAUAAAAAUCUAUUUUAUUAUUAUUGGUUUUCUGGUUAUUUUUCAAUGGAAGACACUACUUUGAGUCUUAGAGGAGCCAUGCUUCAGUGUAUCUGCUUGCCGAGAGGUCUGGCUCUCUCAACAUAGAAUCAUGAAGUUUGGGGAAUGAAUCAGUUAAUACUGCUUUUGCACAACUAUUGUAAAAUAGUACACCAUCCCAUAUUUUGUUUUGCUUAUUUUUGUUUUAAGGGGGAUUGUUUUAUUUAAAAACUGUUAUUCAAUAUUCAAAGUUAUGUACAGUUUUUUUUUUUUUUUUUUUUUUUUUUUUUUAUGAGAUUUUCUCCCCUUCCCCUCCUAUUUAAAUUAAAGCAUUUUUGUGUCGUUGUUUGCAAAAAGUCAUUUUGAAUGUGUUUGGUCUUAUAUUUUCCCCAGUGUGUGGGAAUGAGUAUUCUAUCUCAGGUGUGUAUAUGUAUUUAAUUAAAGUGAGGUAAAAUCGAUACUGAAAAAAGUAAAUACAGAGCUAGGAAUAGAAGUCAUUUCUUUGGGUCAACAUGACUGCAACAUGCCAAAUGCUGAAAUGAGGUCAUUUAAAAAAAAAAAAAAAAUUCUUCCAUUUUAUGUAGUAGUUUAAAGGGUUGCCAAUUUACUCUAUUAUUCUUUAUUACUAUAUUUAUAUUAUAUGUAUAUUAUGUUGACAGUUGUCAAAAGUAUAGAUCCCUAUAUAAUUUUCAUUGAUGCAUGCACGUAAUGUUGCAUUUUACUAUCUUUAGCUGGACUUAAACUGAUUGUAAGAGAUCAGAGACAUCUUAGACUUUUUUU